AUGUUGGGUGGGGUGUGCCCAGGUGCGGCACGCCUGGCAUCUAUGGCGACUGGCGUCCAACGCAAGGAAACCAUCUAUGACGCCUGCCGCCUGGGAAACGAGGCACGUGUGGAGGAGUAUGUGAGGCACGGGGGUUGUGUCACGGAGCGCGACGCCAACAAGAUGACGCUUCUGCAUCACGCGGCAUUUUCUGGGAACGUUCGCAUUCUUGACGCCAUUCUCUCAGUACAGCCAAUGCAGACGGUGGACUUGGAUGCAGCCGACGCCGGUGGGUGGACCCCGUUGCACUACGCGGCGGAGCGGGGGCUCACCGCCGUGGUGGAGCGUCUGCUGGAGGAGGGCGCUAACCUGAACGCAAAGGAUGAAAUGAGGCGCACACCACUGCACCUCGCGGCUGCUGCUGGUCACGUGGACGUGCUGCAACUCCUCCUCAAGCAUGGCGCCGUACGCGGUGCGAAAAAUGUGGCUGGAUUAACGGCACUGGCGUGUGCAGGGGCGAGUGGUCAGUUGGAAGCUGUGGGCGUCCUUGAGCGGCAGUGA